UCCAAGAGGUUAUUGUUUAUAGGGAGCCUUCAUUCGGUGAUAAAGUUUCAUACGUGUUUUGUAGAUUGGACAGGCAGGACAUGCAGGAAGUCUAUACCAUAGGCUAUUCUGGACAACAUUUCUAAUGCAUGGUUGACUGGGAUGGAGAGAGUUGGACUUGACAGUCCAUCAGGAUCUCGAUAGUCUCUUCCAGUCUUCGGUUCCUAAGCACAUUUGUGAUGCAGAUAGUUGUCCAGUGACCUGGAAUGAGAGAGCCUAUUCAUUUCUGACAAACAGCCUUCAGAUAGUAAUGUCUUUUCAUUACUAAAAUGAGCAAAAUAAUGGCAGAAAUAUGAAAGGCUUGCAUCUUGUCACCAAUUCCCUUGAACCAUUUGAUUCUGCAUGCAUAAAAGCAUCAUCAUCUGUGUGUGUGUGUGUGCAUGGAUACAUGCAGACGUGCGUGAGAAUGCUCAGAAAAGCACGUGAGAAUUGUAUCAGAAGAAAGGUAGCUGGCUUUUUAAGUAGAGUACUGAUUAUUAAUCAUAAAAGGUAGCUUCUCAAAUACAAAAAAAUUGAAGGAAUGGGGUUUCUUUACCCAUCAACACACAGAAAUAUGCUUUUUGUUUGUUAUACUCCACAGAUUUCUUUACAUCCUGUAUAUGCAAAACUCAUUUCAACGUGUUUUCUGUAACUGAAAGCCAAGAUGAAAAGAGACAAAAUAAAUUUUGUUUGUUAGAAACAAUACUCAGUCAUUUCCCUUUUUUGCCUAAAUUGUGCAAGCAAAUGCUUUUACUACUGCAAGUGAUUUUUUUCAGAAUUAGUUCUAAAGGAAGUAAAGAAACCCCUUAAGAUAUUUUUAACACUAGCAUUAUUCUCAAAAUCAGCUAUGCUUGCAUAGUUUUUGUUAUUUUUUACAAAAUUAUAAUUUGAACUUGUUAAUUUAGUCCACUUUUUCUGCGCAAAACUGUGUGCUUGUGCUGCCAUUUAUAUGAACAAAAUUUCUGGUUAAAAUCUUGAAAGCUAUCUUUGGGGCAGGUGGGAAAAUACAGAAAUGGCUACAGAAAGUGGACCUCUUUCCUACAGAUUCAAAACCUGUUGAUUAUGUUUUCCAAUCCUAUGAAUAAUAAUAAUUGUCUUAUAAAUUACACAUAACACUUUUGAGUGCUACUGUGGUUCUACCUCUGUUGCAACUUUAUUAGUUUUUUUCUUUUUUUAAUUUAUUCGGGAUAAGAGCAUUUGUGCAGAUUUAAAAAAAAAACAAUCUGGUCUAAACAUUUUCAUUUGUAAAACAAUUCAGGCCAUUCAUAAGGAUACAUGCAGAUAAAAUAGUCAUAACAUCAGAAAGGGAUUAACCAUGUACAAAGAUUAGGUUAAUAAAGGAAUAAUUAGGAUUAGGGGCCAAUCCUGCAAUAGGAUCAUACGUCUGAAUUUGUUGCGUGUUUUCUGUUACAUAUUGCUUAACAGUUAACUCAAAGUGCAACAGCUCUGUCAGUACUCCUGGGGUAGUUGUACUGUUCUUCCUGUCCUCCUCAAGCCCUUGGUACCAUUUAUGACUAAAUUAUUAAAAUAGCUUGGAUCAAAGCAGAGAACCAUUAAUUCUUGUUUCAGCAGUGCCAAAGAUGAAGUGUAAAACUCGGAUGAAUAAAGAAGCCAUCUAUGCCACUGUUUUUCAGUUGGUCUCCUGUGUCUGAGCUUGCUUAAAACAAUGGGCAGCAUUUCUUAGAUUCUUUGUCUUUCAUGCCACAGCUCCUUCUUAAGUAGCUUUAGAGUUUCAGGUUCCUUCUGUCAUGCGGUUGGCUCUUGCUAGGGGGCCUCAUUCUGAGCUGGAAGGAGUUGUUCAUUCUUGUCCUUCUUGGAAAGUUUUUAUCAAAAACUGAUUAUGUCAUCUUAGUGUUUCAACUUUAUGCUUAAAAAUAGUAAGACAUCUUAUUGCAACUCUAACUUCAGGCAGGAAUUCAAAAUAGAAUGGGGGGGGGAAGAAGCCAUAUACUCAACACAGCAAAGGUUGUAUAGAUGGUAGUCUCCCAUUUAGUCAUCAAUGUCAGUUUACUUGCCAUCCAACAGUGAAAAUCUCAUCAUACAUUUCUAUCUGGGCAUUUUUUUAUCUUAAUGACCUGGUUCAUUCUUUCUCAGAGACAAGCUGUGCUGAUUCAGAAGCCCUGGGUGCAGUGCACAAGCCUCGUGCACCACGGCAGCAGCACUGACCAGCAUCCACGACUGCUGUGGGAGUGACGCAACAGACGUGCAUUCCUGAAGAGGCUUCAUGUGCCUGGAGGAGAAAUAUUCUUCUUGAUUCCUGCACACAAAAUUGAAAUCCACCACUGAAAUCAACAAAAAAGAAAUGAUAAAAUUUUUUCUUAUGGUUAACAAACAAGGUCAAACAAGACUGUCCAGAUAUUAUGAGCAUGUAGAAAUUAAUAAACGGACAAUGCUGGAAGCUGAAGUAAUCAAAAACUGUCUCUCCCGUUCAAAGGAUGAGUGCUCUUUCAUUGAGUAUAAGGACUUCAAGCUGGUGUACAGACAGUAUGCAGCCCUUUUCAUAGUUGUUGGCAUCGACCAGACAGAGAAUGAGAUGGCAGUAUAUGAACUAAUUCAUAAUUUUGUGGAAGUUUUGGACAAAUACUUCAGCAGAGUGAGUGAAUUAGAUAUCAUGUUCAAUUUGGACAGAGUGCACAUCAUUUUGGAUGAAAUGCUGCUAAAUGGUUGCAUCGUGGAAACAAACCGGAACAGAAUUCUUGCCCCUCUGUUUGUGCUUGACAAAGUGGCAGAAGGCUAGGAAGAUGCAAGCAUGACUAAGGUGUUUUACAAAAGAUGGCAAAAGCAUCAGGAAUGUGCCUAUAGCAGUUUUCUGCUGUUGCAAGACUGACUCAUACAACACUCAAAUUAGCUGGAAAAUAUUUUCCAUUUCUCUUACACUGUGUACCCAAUGGGAAACAUACAGCUAAACAUGUGGAUGCAUUCAGAUGCUGCUUCACUGACCCAGCAGAAAUCGCCCCAGAAUGGUCAAUAAUUUUAAAACAUUUGAGGAUGAAGAAAUGGAAACUUACCAUGACUGACUAGGUAUCACUUUGAAUUAUGUAGUAUCAUGCCAGACCUAGAAGACAAAAACCGAAAAAAUACAAACUCAAACUGAGUUUCAGUCCUUCCCUUGAUUUAUUUUCACGUAAAUUUACUGUUAAUAAUGGUUCUGUGAUUUCUAUGCCCAUUUCUAAGCUAUAUUCAUCCUUCAUCAAAAAGCUGGCUUCCCUCCCUUUGACAUGCAAGUCACGGACACGGAAAGUACUGAUGUAUUAAAUAUUUUUGCAUACUUUGCAAGUUGUAACUGGAAUUAUUUAGCACUUAAAUACUAUAUUAAUAAAAGAUAAUUAAAAUCAGAAGU